CUCUAUUCAGGGUUGUCCAAUGCUUCAUUCCAUCUCGAUGCUCUGACUAAUCAGUUCACGGUGUGUGAAAUAGUUGACCAAUCACAGUAAAGGGGCGUGGUUUGUAGAAUACGGGUAGGAAAAGUGAAGGCGACGCAGAUGUAGUCCACGUGAAAAAGUAUUAACCAUGGCACAAGUAUCACAGGAGCCAGAGAUUAUUCUCGCUCAGAGACUGGCAUCAAACGAAAAACCCAUCAGGACUAAAGCCUUAAAGACGCUCAGGAAGUACAUUCAUCUCCGGUCUCAAAAAGCAGAAGGUGGUUUUACGAGUGAAGACUUACUGAAGAUCUGGAAGGGGCUUUUCUACUGCCUGUGGAUGCAGGACAAGCUUCUUCAGCAGGAGGAAAUUUCACACAAACUCUCCGGCCUGAUUCACAGCUUCAACAACACUGACACCCAGCUGCUGUAUUUCACAACAUUUCUCCAGACUGUAAAGAGAGAGUGGAAUGGCAUCGACAAUCUGCGUUUGGACAAGUUUUACCAGCUGGUUCGCUUCAUGUUCAGACAAGUUUUCGAGGUGCUGAAGAGGAGGAAAUGGGAGCCCAGUGUGGUGAAACAGUUUUUACAUGUCUUCACCAAGCAGCUUUUGCAGAACACUGAGCAUGUCCCAAAAGGACUGCUUAUGCAUGUCCUGGACCUCUAUAUGACUGAGUUGGCUCAGGUCGGCACUACUGAGCUGACAGCAGAACAGAACCUGACUUUCAUCCACCCCUUUUUCCAAGCCAUGGCCAAGACCAAAGAUGACUUGCUGUUGGCUCUCAUCUCUAAGAACAUCUUCAGGACCAUUUUGGAUCAUGCACCUUUUGCCAUUGAAGACCUGAUAAAGGAGCUUCAGCAGGGAGUAGUAGAUGAUUCAGAUUCUGUUCAGACUUCUGGGGAGGAGGAAGAGGAGCUGAAAAACCAAGUACUCAAGAAGACUAAAGUGAAGAAGGUCAAUGGCAUCUCUGAGGUAAUGGAAAAUAGCAAGGGAAUUAAAGAGGAGCAGGAUUUGUACAGCAAGGACUCUGGCAAUGAUGAUGGUGUUGGUCCUGUUCUACAGUUUGACUACGGUGCAGUAGCUGAUUGCCUUUUUGAGUUCGGUAGCCGCUUGACUACACGGAACACCAACCGCAAACGGAUGUACAGCUUUGUGACUGCGUUUCGCACUUUAAAUGAAGGGAUUUUCAACCGAGAAGAGAGUGAUAAAGGUGAGGGGAGCAACACAUCAGAUAAAAAAGUGUUGAAAAAGAAGAGCAAGAAGAAGAGAAAAAACGAGAGGCUCACAACUGGGGAUGAACCUGUGGCUAAGAAGCGCAAAGCAGCUUGUCAAGAUAAACAAAAAGCAAGCAAUUCACUGCAAAAUGGCUCAUUGAACAAUACCACAGAAGAAAUGGAAAAAGAAAGAGUGGUUCUCAAAGAAUCAGACUCACAAGACCAACUGGAGGCUGGUGUCACUGUCAAGAAGAAGAAGAGGAAAAGUAAAAAGGUGAAGACCAUCUCACAGGACACCGAGAGAGAAGCAGCACAGGAAUUUCAGGAAUCUGAUGGAGAACACAAGAGCAACAGUUACGAAGUGGAGAUGAAGAAGAAUAGUUUGAAAGCAACGUCAGGAUUUGGGAACACUCAAACCAGCACAGAAGUAAAAACGUUAGGGCAGAAGCCUGAAAUGGCAUCAGUUGUAGAACAUCCUGUGGAAGCUGCAGAGGCUGAAUGUGGGAUUUUUCGUACACAGGAGAAAACUACAAAGAAAAACAAGAUGAAGAAUGCGGGAGAAGACAAAAUGGGCACAGAAACAGGUAGGCGGGUUAUGGAAACGCAUGGUGAUCCUGGUGAGGUAGAGGCCAGUACCAUGGAGAAAAAGAGGAGGAAAAGCAAGAAACUGUGUUCAAGCUUACAAGAAGUUGGAGAAGUAGUAGCAGUGCAAAGUCUGCCUAAAGAAGACAGUGCUGGUGAUGAGAUCACACCACAGAAAGAGGACGGCAGCAACAAUGCAACACAAAGCCAACUGGGGACUAGCACCCUCCAAACAAAGAAGGUGAAAAGAACGAUGUCUAGCUUAAAGAAUCUUGGAGUAGAGUUUAAAUCUCUGGCUGUAUUGGGGAACUGUGAAGACGGAGUAACACAGUGUGAACUGAACGCAAGAACCACUAGGAAGAAAAAGGACAAGGGCAAGAAGCUCAUGGCUCAUGGCUCCAGCUCACAUGAAAGUAAAGAAGUCGACUCCACGUCACAAGACAGUAGUGCGGUUGUGGUAAAAGUUAUAGCAACACCUGCUGAUGAAGUUCCAUGUGCUGAAUCUCAGUCAUCAAAAGCUCCCCUGGUGAAGACCAAGAAAAGCAUGAAGAAGAAGAAGGCAACAGAGGAAACUGGGAGCAAAUAUCAGGUAGAUCUUGAUGUCAGAGACCCUGAGGUGUCCUCAGACAGUGCACACAUUACUACUACACCUAAAAAUAUCACCAAUGAAUGUCCUCAACCCAAAGUGAAGAAAGGUAAGAAAAAGAAACAAUCUCUUUCAAAUGAAGAGUCUACGCUUGAAGCUACAGAAGAACCUUUGGCAGAAGCUACUUCUACAAAACAGACACGCACACCAUGCAAGAAGAAGAAAAUCCAGAAGCAACAAGAAAGUCAGUCUGCAGAAGCAAGAGAAGAAUCCGUUCCGACUGUAAAGGAGAAAACAAGAACAGAAGUGUCGGAUACUCUGCCAUCAGACAGCAGCAUCUCCACACCUGAUGUGAUAAAGUCCCUCAUCCCAAUGAAAAAGGGCAAGAAGAAAAGGAAACUAUGGACAGAUGAGACAGAAAUGUCUCAGAGUAAUGGACCUGCACAGGAAGAGCUGAGUGGAAAGAAAGUUAAAGUCAGUGGCAUUGAGGUUAACACAACAGUAACCCCCAAGAGGCGGAAGAUGGAAAAAUCCACACCCAAAUCUAACUUUGUCUCCUUUCAGGGUCUAAUAAAACCUCCCACUCCACUCUUCUGUAAAACCAAACCAAAAGUCAGCACACCUCAGACCAGCUUCAAGCAUAAAUUCCAAACCCCAAAGUCAGAAACUAAGAAAGUGACCUUUGGGCUGAAGAACAAUAAAACCACUGAAUUCAGGAAGACAGACAAGAGCUUGUUGGUGAGUCCUGUUGGCUCGUCCCGUGUGGCGUUCGAUCCUAAAAAGAUGCCCAGUUCAGGAGUUCUGAAGUCAUCUUUACCAUCUCCAGUCACGAGUGUAAAGAAAUGUGCAGCCAAUAAAAGAGCUACGGCGGCAGAUUUCUUCUAAAACCUCCACAUUUUUGGAACUUUUUCCCUACAUGUUCAUUUGCUUUGAUGAAGAUGAUUCCUGAUUCAUGAGUUUAAACUGAAUGACGGAUAGUAAAAUCUGUUAUACAAUAGAAAUAUAAGAAAAUAUCCAACAGUGUAAUUUAUUACAAAUCUCUGUUGCUGACUUUUUAUACAGAAAGCAUAUUAGUUGAAAGUGGACUAGAUGAAGCCAGAGCAUAAAACAUUUUCAACCCUGUGACAUAUAGUGCAGAUGUAAUUUGUGUAAUAUGUUUUCAGCUGAACUGGGUUUUGUACUGUUACUUUAAUGUACUUUAAUAAAUCAGUCUUAACUGGUACCAAU